UUGCUAAUACAGAGGUACAAGAAGAAGUAAGAUAGGGCAGGGGUGUUGGUGGCACUUAUAAAACGGCCAACAGGAAUGCUUAAUUUCUCUUAUGCUCUUCAGAGUCGGCUUCAUUCUGUGAUUCCUCCCUCCUUUUGUCUUCGCUUGGUUCAAGUUGUUACAGUGUUAAAUUUGAGGGACAUGAAGAAGUAAGAAAGGGCAGCGGGUGUUGGUGGCUCAUAUAAAACGGCCAACAGCAAUGCGUAAUUUCUUUUCUGCUCUUCAGAGUCGGCUUCAUUUUGUGGUUGCUCCCUCCUUUUCUCUUCGCUUGGCAAGUAAAUGAUGAAUGAGCGAGCGCAUAGUGCAGUGAAUUUAAGAGGAAACAAUGUCUUAGGGUUUUAGCAUUGCUGUUCUUGAGUUGUGUUGAGUCUGGAGAGAGAUGAAUAAUUGUACGGCGAAGAGACGUGAGAAUGCGAGGAGCAGCAGAGAGGAAGAUCAACUGAUAGUGACUCCAUUGGGCGCUGGAAAUGAAGUGGGUCGUUCAUGCGUCUACAUGUCCUACAAAGGCAAGACGGUCUUGUUCGAUUGUGGAAUACACCCAGCUUACUCUGGCAUGGCUGCUUUGCCCUAUUUCGACGAGAUUGACCCUUCCACAGUCGAUGUUCUUCUCAUCACUCACUUUCACUUGGAUCAUGCUGCUUCCUUGCCCUAUUUUCUCGAGAAAACCACCUUCCGAGGCCGUGUUUUCAUGACCUACGCCACCAAGGCCAUUUACAAGCUCCUUUUGUCUGAUUUUGUCAAGGUCAGCAAGGUCUCCGUCGAAGACAUGCUUUUUGACGAACAGGACAUCAACCGCUCCAUGGAUAAAAUUGAGGUUAUUGAUUUUCAUCAGACAGUAGAAGUCAAUGGUAUUAGAUUCUGGUGUUAUACUGCAGGCCAUGUCCUUGGUGCUGCUAUGUUCAUGGUUGACAUAGCUGGUGUUCGAGUGCUUUACACCGGAGACUAUUCACGUGAGGAAGACCGCCAUCUCCGAGCUGCUGAGACCCCACAGUUCUCCCCUGAUGUAUGCAUUAUAGAAUCCACCUAUGGUGUACAGCACCAUCAGCCUCGCCACACACGCGAAAAACGCUUCACUGAUGUUAUCCACUCAACCAUUUCUCAAGGGGGUCGUGUGUUGAUUCCAGCAUUUGCCCUUGGCCGUGCACAGGAGCUCCUCCUUAUCCUUGAUGAAUAUUGGGCAAAUCAUCCUGAACUCCAGAAUAUACCCAUCUAUUAUGCUUCUCCACUUGCAAAAAAAUGUUUGACUGUGUAUGAAACAUACACCCUUUCCAUGAAUGACAGGAUCCAGAAUGCAAAGUCAAAUCCGUUUUCCUUUAAGCACGUAUCGGCUUUAAGUAGCAUUGAAGUUUUCAAAGAUGUAGGACCAUCUGUGGUGAUGGCAAGCCCUGGUGGACUUCAGAGUGGCUUGUCACGACAAUUAUUUGAUAUGUGGUGCUCUGAUAAGAAAAAUUCUUGUGUUUUACCAGGGUAUGUAGUUGAAGGGACAUUGGCAAAAACCAUCAUCAAUGAGCCCAAGGAAGUUACUCUCAUGAAUGGACUCACUGCACCUCUUAACAUGCAGGUGCACUACAUUUCCUUUUCUGCUCAUGCUGACUCUGCUCAAACAAGUGCGUUCUUAGAAGAGCUCAAUCCUCCUAACAUAAUUCUUGUUCAUGGAGAAGCUAAUGAGAUGGGCAGGCUCAAGCAGAAGCUCAUAAGUCAAUUUGCUGAUCGCAACACUAAAAUUCUUACUCCAAAAAACUGUCAAUCUGUUGAAAUGUAUUUCAAUUCGCAGAAAAUGGCAAAAACCAUAGGGAAGCUGGCUGAAAAAACACCAGAAGUUGGUGAAACUGUCAGUGGUUUGCUUGUAAAAAAAGGCUUCACAUAUCAGAUUAUGGCAGCUGAUGAUCUCCAUGUCUUUUCACAACUAUCAACAGCAAACAUUACUCAGAGGAUUACCAUCCCUUAUUCAGGUGCCUUUAAUGUCAUACAGCAUAGACUCAAACAGAUAUAUGAAAGUGUAGCUCAGUCAGUGGAUGAAGAAUCUGGAGUUCCCACAUUGCAAGUCCAUGAGUGUGUUACUGUGAAACAUGAAUCUGAAAAGCAUGUCUCCUUGCAUUGGGCCUCUGAUCCCAUGAGUGACAUGGUAUCUGAUUCAAUUGUUGCUCUGGUUUUAAAUAUCAACCGCGAUGUCCCAAAAAUAGUGGAUGAAUCUGAUGCCAUUAAGAUUGAGGAAGAGAAUGAGAAAAAGGCAGAGAAGGUUAUGCAAGCCCUCCUCGUUUCACUCUUUGGAGAUGUGAAGGUAGGUGAAAACGGAAAAUUGAUAAUUAACAUUGAUGGGAAUGUAGCAGAGCUAAACAAAGAAAGUGGGGAAGUUGAGAGUGAAAAUGAAGGUCUCAAGGAAAGAGUAAGAACAGCAUUCCGGCGCAUUCAAAGUUCUGUGAAGCCAAUUCCUGUUUCUGCGCCAUAGUUUUUCAUUUCCUUACAUUUUCUUUGGAAAAGGUGAAAUGCCACCGAUAAGGAACACCAGCUCACAUGUCCCCGCUAACAUGAGACAAUUAUCACAACAUGUUACCUUCCCUUCCCUUUAACAUGAUGAGCUUUGUCACAGCAUUCUCUGUUUCCUUUUGUUUAUUCUUCAAAUAUUUGGUCAUUUAAUCUAAACUUAUUUUCUUCAAAUGUUAUGUUGUUGCGUCUUUACAUUCUCUGCCUGCCGGUUUCUGCCUGAUGGUGCGUAUCUACAACACUAUAGCCGUGUAGUUUUCUGUUUGUUUUGCUCCUUAGAGACUGGAGGCUGUUACCUUCAUUUGGCGGUUGCUCCGAUGUCCUUGUUAUUAAAGCAUUAUGAUUUUCUUUUAAUUCAGGCAUGAUUAUCUUUUGCUUGGAAAUACAGCUUUGGACCUUUUGGUUUGGUA